AUGGUGGGCCUAAAGUCGUCCCUGGGCGGCUCCAGGCUCUUCGGAGACUUUGCCGCAGAGAUUGGCGCGAGUCGCCACGACUUCUCAAAGCCGCAAGUGCUUUCGGCAGAUCAAUUGUUUCAAAGUGGACCCAAGGGCGGCUUUGGCAGUCCGCAGGAUCUUCGCUACAAGCGGAUCUUGAGAAAUGAGGCGACUUUGCAGAAAGCCGCUGAGAGCGUCAUGGAGCGUCCCUACAAGCUGCGAAAUGCCUUGAGCACGCCGGAGCUGCUUGAUGCGCCCAGCAAGUGCUUGCAAGACGCGCGGCAACGCUUGGGCAAAGUCGUUGGGGACAAAGUGCAACAUGCCUUUCUUGAAACCUCCUUUGCACCUGCCAGGAGUUUCAUGAGAUCCAGCCGACUGUCCAAGCUGCGCAAGGAAGUUUCGUGGGCACGUGGCUACAAGGAGCACUUUAAUCCUGAAGUGAAAGGCCGAGUCAAGGGCCGAAAAGGGAAGGACUUGCCAUCUGAGGCGAUCCGAUUACCUCUCAAUGAAAGUCACGGCCAAGAAUACAUUGAAGCGAGGCUGCGCCUGUUCAUCCUUGAACAGCAAAGCGCAUGUGUUACGCCAGAUGGCAUGCUUGACCCGCAGUACAAGGCCGUGCACGAGGAGUGGAUGAAAGCACAGCAAGAGAGUGCACAAGCAGCAAUCCUGCGUAUGAUGGGGCUGAUGCCGAACUCGAGCCGCGAUAUGAUGGACCUCGCACGAGAGCUAGUUGAACAAUGCACAGCGAUGGUCAACGCCUCGUCAGUCGGCAUCUUUGUCAGUGCAAACAAGAAGGUCCUUGAGUUCUCGCAUGGGCGGAGGCCCAUGCAGACUACAUCUAUGGUUUGGGGUUACUAUCGUCGAGAGUGCCACUGCACGCAGCACGCUAUGUCCUGGGAGCAGUAG